UUUUCAAUCUCCACCCCGAGAAAGAGAGCCACAACCGCGAGAAGGAGAGAGCAGAGAUAGCUCGCUCCGUCCUCCUCCGCCCCCGGCCAUGCUGCUCCGCCUCCGCCCGCCGCCGGCCACCGCGGCCGCAGCCGCGAGUCUCUGUUCCUUCUCCCCCUCCGCGCCCUUCACCCGCCGCCUCCCCUCGCCGUCCUGGCGCCCGCGCCCCCGGCGCCGCCUCUCCACCGCCGCCUCGUCCUCCCCCAAUGGUUCGGGAGGCAGUUUGGAGUCGCCGCGGGAGCGGUACGACGUCAUUGUGGUUGGAGGCGGGCAUGCCGGCUGCGAGGCCGCGCUCGCGUCGGCUCGGCUCGGUGCCCGCACCCUCCUUCUGACCCUCAACAUUGAUCGGAUUGCAUGGCAGCCUUGUAAUCCGGCCGUUGGUGGGCCUGCAAAGUCUCAACUUGUCCAUGAGGUAGAUGCCCUUGGUGGUGAUAUUGGAAAAAUUGCAGAUAGGUGUUAUUUGCAAAAGCGUGUCCUGAACAGCUCAAAAGGCCCUGCUGUCCGUGCACUGCGUGCUCAGACUGAUAAGAGGGAGUAUGCAAUGGAGAUGAGGAAAGUUGUAGAAAGCACACAAAAUCUUUUCAUUAGAGAGGCAAUGGCUACAGAGGUUAUGAUAGGAAAGAAUGAUAGUGUUGAGGGUGUUCGCACUUUCUUUGGCAUGGACUUUUACGCACCAUCGGUUGUACUUACCACCGGGACAUUUAUGAGUGGUAAGAUUUGGGUUGGUAGGACUUCAAUGCCUGCAGGGCGAGCUGGAGAGUCAGCUUCUCAUGGGCUUACUGAAAACUUGCAGCAUCUGGGUUUUGAAACUGACCGGUUAAAAACUGGCACGCCACCACGAAUUGAUCGCAGGACAGUUGAUUUUUCUGGAUUGGAAGCCCAGCAUGGUGAUGAAGAGGUAGGCUGGUUUAGUUUUGAUCCUGAAUUUCACAUUGAGAGGGAACAGAUGUGCUGCUAUUUAACACGGACUACAAAAGACACACACCAUAUUGUUAGAGACAACUUAGAUGAAACACCAACAUAUGGUGGUUGGGUUGAAGCAAAGGGACCAAGGUACUGCCCAGCUAUUGAAGACAAGAUUGUUAGGUUCAAAGAUAAAGAAUCUCAUCAGGUAUUUCUUGAACCAGAAGGUAGAGAUGUCCCUGAGCUAUACCUUCAGGGCUUUUCCACUGGGCUUCCUGAGAGAUUGCAGUUACCUCUUGUGAGAACACUGCCAGGGCUGGAGAACUGUGUGAUGCUAAGACCAGCUUAUGCUGUUGAAUAUGAUUACUUGCCUGCUUAUCAGUGCUCAAGAUCGCUAAUGACAAAAAAGUUUGAGGGCUUAUUCUUCUCUGGCCAGAUCAAUGGAACAACAGGAUAUGAAGAAGCUGCAGCUCAGGGUAUAAUUUCAGGAAUUAAUGCGGCUAGACAUUCUGAUGGGAAGUCACUAAUCAUUCUUGAGAGGGAAAGCAGUUACAUAGGGACUCUGAUUGAUGAUCUUGUUACUAAAGAUCUUAGGGAGCCUUAUCGCAUGUUAACAAGCCGUUCAGAGCACCGUCUACUAUUUCGAGCUGAUAAUGCUGAUAGUCGGUUGACCCCUUUGGGGAGAGAGAUUGGUUUAAUAGAUGAUAGACGUUGGGAACUUUAUCAGUCAAAGCAAGCCCGCAUUAAAGAAGAAAAAGAACGAUUGAAGCAUACAAAAGUAUCAGGUGGUGAAUUUGCUGCCGAAGUUACCGCAGAGUCCAACCAACCUGUAAAGCAGUCAUCAACACUUGAAGCCAUACUGAAAAAGCCACAUGUACACUAUAAACUUCUGGAUAAGCAUGGAUAUGGAAAUGAGCAUUUGUCUCUAAUUGAGAAAGACUGCGUGGAGAUUGAUAUCAAGUAUGAAGGUUUCAUAGCACGACAGCAGAGUCAGUUACAACAGAUUGUAAAUCAGGAACACAGGAAACUUCCUGAAGACUUAGAUUAUCACUCAAUGAAAAAUCUAUCGCUUGAAGCUCGUGAGAAACUUUCCAAGGUAAGGCCACAAACAGUAGGCCAAGCUGGCAGAAUCGGCGGCGUGAGCCCUGCUGACAUGACUGUUCUUCUCAUCUCGAUUGAGAGCAACCGCCGCAUGGCUGAGCACAGGCGACAGCAAGACAUGCUGAGAUCCGCCACGGCCAAGGCAACAGACGAUUCUUCAGAAGGAGCAGUUCACGCCAGCGCCACCACUGCAUAAUUGUAUGCAGCACUCCUGUGACUACAACAGGCAACUGAAUUGGGGCCCCUUGAGAAGUUGAGAUUUUGCGAGGUGGUCGGUGUACUCAUCGGGCAGAUAGAAUCUCGGAGCCAAGCAUAAUUGAAGCGCAGAAUUGUACAUGAGGCCAGAGGCAUGUGGUGUGACAGUUUGCCUGGACACCUACCUCUUUUGAAGACCUGAAGGAAAAGGAUGGUGGUCCUGUGACAGUUUCUAUCUCUGGCUUCUCCUAGCAACUAAAUUAGAAUUUUGGAUCAUAGUAAGGGUUAUUUAGAGGAUUUGUUGUACUUGGUGAGGAUUAGCAGGCACGCAUGUAAAGAAACAAUGAAUGAAAUGGUGCUGGAGAGCAAACGCUGUCUAUGUGCUUAUGUAUAUGUACGAGUCUUUUCAGUCUAUACUGCAAUGAAGCGAUAUGAUGAUUUUAGGGAA